GUAGUCUUUGAUAGUAGAUAUAAUAUUAUUUACAGACUGAUCUGUGAUAUUAGUUCUAAAGGGUUGAUAUUCAAAAAAUGAGAAACAUAUGUGAAAAUAUUAUAUUUUUGAACAAUGUCAUUAUCAAUGGAACUAGAUAAAAAGUUAUAUUCAAUACAAGAAUUAUCAAAAUCUCUACUCUCCAAAAUAUUUGGAUUCAAUGUGAAUUCCAAAUAUUUAAUAUUGGAACCAUCGGUUAUCAAACCUUUGGAAAAAAUAUGCGGAGUUAAAUGGCUCAGAUCAAAUGGAAUAGAAAAAAUUUUUAAAUUGAAUGAUAAUCCGCCAUUGUUUGAUUCGAAAGCAGUGUACUAUAUUAUAUAUUCAACAUUUUCAGGAUUUAAACAGGUUAUUAAUCAGAUUCGUUCUUCAGUUGAUGUCAGUAAUCCCCCUAUCAAUAAAUUUCAUGUUUUGAUUAUGCCACAGUUUACCUACUUGUUCGAAAAGGAAUUGGAAGAAUAUGGACUCUCACAUUCAAACAAAGACUCUGUUGUUAAGUUGUACUCUUUUCAAUGGUUACCAAUUCACACGGACUCUGGAAUAUUAAGUCUUGAAUUUCCCUUUGCUUAUAGUUCCAUGUUUAUAGACCAAAAUAUGACUUAUUUAACAAUGUUUGCUAAAUGCUUGUGGCAGUUGCUAUUGGUUUUAGGCAAGGCAAAUUUUAUAAUCGCAUUGGGUCAAUAUUCCAAUAUUAUUUUAUCUCAGUUUGAUCAACUAUGUGAAGGAAAGGGUUCUAGUGAUAGGUUAGAUUCAGAUAUUGGCGGACUGAUUAUUUUAGACCGAAAUUUAGAUUAUCCUAGUACUUUGUUGACCCCUGGAAUAUACUCUGCUCUUUUAAAAGAGAUUUAUAAUGUUAGGGUAGGUCACUGCGAGUCUAUAUCAGAAGAAAAUAAUGUAAAUGUAGAUGAUACUUUCAAUCUAGUGGUGAAAAAGGACCCAGUUUCAAUAAAUAUGGAUAGUGAAUUGGAUCCAGUUUAUUCUAUGACAAAAAAUAAAUAUUUUACAGAAGUAACAUCGGUGCUUAGUAAUUUAACUAAGGAAUUGAAAAUGGAAAAAUUCAAUUCUAAAGAUAUGUCCAUAGAUGAAAUUAAAAAAUUUGUACAAACUCAGCUAGGUCCUGCUAAUUCCCGGAAAAAGAUAAUUUCCAACCAUUUAAUUGCAGCCGAAACUAUUAUUAACUGCUUAGGUUGGAAGUUUGAAAACCUUUGUGACUGUGAAUUCAACAUCAUCAAUAAUAUCUCCAAAUCAACUAAUUUGACUUUUCUAAUGGAAUUAACUUGUAUGGAAAACAGUGAAUUGAUGUCAUUACGGCUUUUCUGUUUGAUGUUAAUCACCCAGAAUUUAAACGAUAGUGAAAUAAACAUGUUUUGGGAAAAGUUUUUACAUCAGUUUGGAUUCAAAUACUCUUACGUCUUGCAAAAUUUAAUAAAUGCGGGUAUUAUCUCUGAUAGUAGAAAUUCGUCUGCUGGAAGUUUGUUUCCCAAUUUUUGGUUACCCCGUUUAGCAACAAGUCAAUUUAAUCUUGUAGCAAAUCGGUUAAAACAGAUCCCACCUGAUAAGAAUAUAAUAGAUUUGAAAUACCCCACUUGUCCCAGUUACGUGUUCAGAGGCACUUAUAUCCCUUUAGUUGCUCAGAUAGCAAGUAUGGUGUUGAAUUCAACGCAGUUGGAAGAAAUGAGGACGAAACUUGAGGGGUUGGGAAAUUUGACAAUAAGGAACGAAAGGAAAUAUCCAUUACAAACUAGGACCUUGCUAGUUUAUGUCAUUGGUGGAAUAACUUAUGCAGAAAUUGGAGCAUUAAAUUUCAUAGAAGCCUUAACGGGUGCCAAGAUAAUAGUUCUCAGCGAUCAGAUCAUAAGUGGAAAUGACUUGAUGGAAAAUUUACUAAAUAAUGUAAGAUAAUUAUAAAUUAUAUUUUCGCAUGGAAUAGUUGCAGAAGAGCAAACCAUAAUCAUCAGAAUGCGAGUAAAAUAGUGAUAUCCAAUGAAUUUUUUUAUGAAUAAAUAAUCCGAAACUGCCACUACAAGCAGAAUGUUUUUUAAUAACCAAGUUUACAAUAGAAUAAUCUUUCAUUAUCUUGAAUUUCAUAAAUAAAGAGCAUGAUCAAAAAAUAUACAUUUAUUUAUUGUUACAAACUGUGUCCUUAUGAGUCAUCAUAAACUGUAAAAAAUUACUCAGAAUUAAAAUGUGAUGCUACAAUAAUAAGCAAAUUAGUGUUAAAAAAAAACAAAAUAAAUAUUUAUUCGAAAUAUGAGUGUACAAUCAAUAAAAUAUUUGCGCAACAAUUGA